UCUAUUCGAGUUUCUAGUGUCAGUCGAUUCUCAGCCAUUGUUCGUGAUAUUCUUGGAAUUAUUAAAUUGUUUAUUACUUGAAUAUCAUAAUCAUUAUUAUUGUUUCUAAUCAAGCAUUAACUAUUUAUUGUAGUUAGUGAUUAUAUUAUUCUCAAAUCAGUCCAGUGAAAGUCGUAAAGUUUCAACUAAUACUCGUAUCACCAAUUCAUAGAAUGGAAAAUGUCCAUAUAACCGAAAAAAUUACAGUAAGUAAAUACAAAUUAAAAAUGUCAGCUACAGAAGAAUGCAUUCCUAAGAAGAGAAGCAGAGAAGAUUGGAGAAAAGCCAAAGAGCUCGAAGAAGCUCGAAAAGCAGGAACAGCACCGGCAGCAGUUGAUGAAGAAGGAAAAGAUAUAAACCCUCACAUCCCACAAUAUAUCAGUGCCACUCCAUGGUAUUUUGGAGCUACUGGCCCCACGCUAAAACACCAAAGGCCGCAACCAGAAAAGCAGAAACAAUUUAGCAGCUUACAUGAAUGGUAUAAACGAGGUGUGGACACCUCUAAAAAAGCUCAUAAAUAUCGACCUGGAGCUUGUGAAAAUUGCGGAGCCAUGGGCCAUAAAAAAAAGGAUUGUUUUGAACGACCGAGAAAAAUUAUAGCAAAAUAUUCCAAUACUAAUAUAGCACCAGACGAAUUUAUUCAACCUAAUCUGUCAAUGGAUUAUGAGGGUAAAAGAGACAGAUGGGCCGGAUAUGACCCUUCAGAACAUCGUGCAAUUGUCGAUGAAUAUCAAAAAAUUCAAACUGCUAAGAGAAUGCUCCGUGCACAAAAGCUCAAUGCUGAAGAGGAUGAUGAGCAAACUUCAGAUAAGGAUGAAGACAAAUAUGUUGAUGAAGUUGACAUGCCCGGUACUAAAGUUGAUUCAAAACAGCGUAUAACUGUCAGAAACUUGAGAAUACGUGAAGAUACGGCCAAGUAUCUUAGAAAUUUAGAUCCCAAUAGUGCAUAUUAUGAUCCAAAAACUCGAUCGAUGAGAGAUAACCCAUAUGCUGGAAAAGAUGCAGAAGUUGAUUAUAAAGGAGAAAAUUUCGUUCGAUUCACGGGAGACACUCAAAAACAUGCAAAUGCACAGUUAUUUGCUUGGGAUGCUUACGAGAAAGGUGUGGAUGUUCAUUUACUGGCAGAGCCAACCAAAUUGGAAUUAUUGAAGAAAGAAUAUGAUAAAAAAAAGGAUGAGUUAAAAGAUAAAGUGAAAGGAAAUGUAAUUGAAAAAUAUGGAGGAAGUGAAUAUCUCCAAACCCCCGAUAAGGAAAUGUUAUUAGCUCAGACGGAAAAUUAUGUUGAAUAUUCACGAUCGGGAAAAAUUAUAAAAGGUCAAGAAAAACAGAUAAUCCGAUCCAAAUAUGAAGAAGAUGUUUUUCCAAAUAAUCAUACAUCAGUAUGGGGAUCGUAUUGGGAAGAAGGAAAAUGGGGAUUCAAAUGCUGUCAUUCUUUUGUCAAAAAUUCUUAUUGUACAGGUGAAGCAGGAAAAAUGGCUCUUGAAGCGGCAAAAACUACUCCAACAGAGGUCCCAACUAUUAGCGAAAAAAUUAAUUCAUCAGAAGCUUUUGAAAAACCUAAUAAUACGAACAAAAUCAAGAAAAGUGAUAGUUCUGAUAAAAAUAAUAAAUGUGAAAAAAGUACUCGUAGCCGUAGUAGGAGUAGUAGUAGUAGUAGUAGCAGCAGUAGUAGUAGUAGUAGUUCAUCAAGUGAAUCUUCAUCUGAAGAGGACACUCGAACAAAAACUGAAAAGAAACGGAAUAAUUCCAAAAAAGAAAAGAAAAAGAGAAGAAAACAAAAGUUGCAGGAUAAAAGAAAAGUAAAGAAAGAAUUGAAAAAAGCUUUGAAGAAAGAAGAGAAGAAUAAAAAAGCUGCUGAACAACUUCUGCAAAUGGAUGAAAGAAAACGUCCAUACAAUAGCAUGUAUGAGUCCAAAGAUCCAACUGCUGAAGAAAUAGAAGCCUAUCAAAUGAAGAGACGACGGGAUGAAGAUCCAAUGAAUCAAUUUAAUUUGUAAUAAUUGUAAAUUAACCAUACAAUCUAUGUAAAUAAUGUAGAAAUUAUUUUCUGUUAAAAUAAAUCUUUUGUUUUUAUAGAUAA